ACUGACUGAGACCCUUGAACUGUCAGCCCUCCCUAAUCUUAGGCCUGUGCUUCCACGCUUGCAGUCAACAGUGACAGCACGUGACAUAAAGCCUGUGCGGACUAACAGCUCAUUGGUCAUGCUAGUCCGCCCCCCAGCCCAGUUCAACCAAUAGGAUUAAAGCAUUGCAAGGCAGAACGUUUCAAUGAGAAUCAAAACAAAGAAGACAUCGUGGUUCUCACUGUUUGUCAAAAGUGGUGUGCUGGAUUUAGAAAAAACAUAGAUUUGCUUGAAGAGGAAUGUGAAUACAGAAGAACUUGCUACUGCAUUUCAGAUUCCUGUAAAAAACAAUGCUACAAUAUAAAUCAAUGCAAGCUCAAGAGUGACAUUUGAUUGAUUGCUGGGCACCAGGUCAAACAUGGGCCGCUACCUCGGCACCAACUUUUGUUCGAGUUCUGUGAACAAGACUUUGAGAUCAUACUGCAAAAGUAGGUACCUAAUGAGCCUUCUUAGAAAGUACCAUUGUCUCGCUAGAACACCGCCCGGCCUUGACCUACACAGAUAUUCACUGCUGACACAUCUGCAUCCAUCAAGAUUCACAAAAAUAACUACUUUAAAAAAUGUAAUCCACAGUGAUACAAGCUCUGCCUCUAACAACUUCCUCAGAGAUUUUACCAAAGAACUUAAUCAUCUCCAGGUUGUGCGUUUUUACUCAUCUUCCAAUAGGAAUACAUUUAAACCUGAAGCUCCAAUUGGGAUCCUGGAAGAAACUCAGAAGAGUUUUCUUUUGAGUUCACUGGGAGGACGUUUUGGUCAAUCAUUUAAAAGAUUGUCCAGACACAUUAACAUUUAUUUCAAGCGAAAGGAUGUUGAACCUUUGGCUGAAAAUGACAGCCUUGUUGCCAUUACUCCAGAACAUCUUGGCGGAUCACAGAGGCGUGGUAUAAGUCAACGGGCGACCAGAGAGCGAAAUAUAUCGGAGGGCAAAGACACAACGCAGCCCAUAAAAAGCACAGACACACAGGAAAGCUCAGGAACAAGUCCUUCCACACAGGACUACUCUGGACUGCAACUAUUUCAUAUCAGUUCUUUGGCAACCACAUUUGGUGAGAGCUACAGUUACGUUGCUAGUCACAUUAACUCAGUAUUUCCUGCAAAAGCUCAAAUGCAGGACAAUUUGGAAACCAUGUCUUCCACUAGGGCGAACAAGAGGCUGAACAAGAGACAAAUGCAAAACCCUUCCAUCAAAGAGUCUAAGGAAGCUGAAAUUCCUCAAGUCCAAUCAGGUACUAAUCAGGCAACAGUGGAACCAACCAGUGUCUCCAGCAGCUGGGAGGAGAGCUACCAACACUAUGCAAGACACAUCAAUACUUAUUUUGGUGCCAAGGUUACCGGAAAAGAAGACCAUGAUCUGUAUAGGAGAGAACACAUUUCUGUGCAGCAGAAAAGCACUUAUAAAGAACCCUUUUCAAAACAGUCUACCUCACAAACUCAAAGUGCUUUGUCACAACUGGUGCCAGACGAGCCUGCCAUCGAUGAAACUGGAGGCCUUUUCCACAGCAGCACUAAUACCACCAACUUUGGGGAGAACUACUCCCAAACAGGCGGUUAUAUCAAUCAGUUUUUCUUUGGUCAAAGUAGAAUGGGUGAGGAUGAGGACAUUGAAAGUAAUCUCAUAACGCCAUUGGAUCCUGGCUCUGCUACGUCUGAAAGACCAAAGACUGCUUCCUUUUUAAACUACCUUCGACAUCCCACAAGUGCCAUCCCUGACUUUCUGGGUUCUUUGACUCAGACUUGUAAACCCAGACCUGCUAUGACUUCACCGCAGCCAAUGAUGAAUCAAAAGUUUGUCCUGAGUCGGAGGCAGGCAGAGGAAAUGGCACAAAGGUUUAUUGGCACUCUGACCCAGACUUCAUCUCCAGAAGAUCUUACUUCCUGCUUGGCCGCACUCAAUGAACACCUCAUCUGUUACCCAUCAUGCAAAGCUGUAAUGUGGAAGGAGAAAAUUGCAGUCACAUUGUUGAGGAAAAGACGGACCUUCAGAGAUAAUGAAGAGCUUCAGAGCGCCUUGAGAGAAAGCAUGGCGCUAAUCGGCUACAUGGAUCCAGUCAAAGGUCGUGGCAUCAGAGUGCUCUCAAUUGAUGGUGGUGGCACAAGAGGUGUGGUGCCUUUGCAGGUAUUAAAGAUACUGGAGGCUGAGACAGGCAGGAAGAUCCACGAACUGUUUGACUACAUCUGUGGAGUGAGCACAGGUGCUGUUCUGGCCUUCAUGCUGGGUCUGGCUCAUUUCUCUCUGGAGGAGUGUUCUGAAAUGUACCAACGUUUUGGCUCUGAAGUGUUUCGGCAGAACCGGCUUGUUGGCACCGUGAAGAUGGGAUGGAGUCACUCUUAUUACAACACUGAGACCUGGGAGAAAAUACUACGAGAAAAGAUGGGAACUAGAAUACUUAUCGAAACGGCCAGAGAUGAGUUGAGUCCCAAGGUUUCAGCAGUCAGUGCAGUGGUAAACUGGGGUACAAGUCCGAAGGCCUUCAUAUUCCGCAACUACAAUCACAAACCAGGCUCUCUCAGCCGCUAUGCAGGAGGCUCAGCCUGCCAGAUGUGGGAGGCAGUGAGAGCUUCAUCAGCUGCCCCAGGAUACUUCCAGGAGUUUCCUUUACAAAGUGACAUUCACCAGGAUGGAGGAAUAAUCCUGAACAACCCCUGUGCCUUGGCUAUCCACGAGAGCCGUCUAUUGUGGCCCAACCAGCCCUUCCAGUGUGUGCUGUCCCUUGGCACCGGCCGCUUUGAUAAUGUCAAGAGGGGACCGGCCACCUCCACCAGCCUGAGGGCCAAAAUCAGCAACCUGAUCAGCAGUGCUACUGACACCGAGGGGGUCCACACCCUUUUGGACGAUCUGCUAGCUCCAGACGUGUACUUCCGCUUCAACCCCAUGUUAAGUGCUAUGGUGUCCCUGGAUGAGAGCCGGCCUCAAGCCUUGGACCAGCUGCGGAGAGACACCCACAACUACCUGGAGAGAAACCAGCCCAAACUGGCGCAGCUCUGUUUGGUGCUCGGGGCGGAGCGUUCAGCUGCUAGCAAAACUAAGGACUGGAUGAAUGAGAGGGCCUGGGAGAUGAAGCAGAGAUGGGUGUGAGUAGGUACAGUAUAGGGUAUGUCUACAAUGAUGCGUAACCUAUGCACAGAUGGACAUACAAACAAACAACCACCCUGAUGUACUGAUUCAAUUUGUUCAAGACCUCAAAUGUGUUGCUUCAACACAAAGGUCGUUUUAGCCACGUUAGCACCAGGGAAAUGUCAGUCUGCAACUUUGUUCACCACUUUUGGCCAGACUGAUAUUUCAACUACUUUUAGUUAAAUGGCUGCUCAAUAUUGUGCAAAUAUUCAUGGUUUGUAGAAAAUGGAGCCUAUUGAAUUUAGUUUUUUCUCCUUUUAACACAAGCAUUAGGUGAUUUUGAGUGAAAUGCACAGAAAAUGUGUGCAGACUUAGUGGCAACGUCCGGGUCCGGAAAGUGAAGACAUUGCAGUGCCUUACACCUGCAUUCUUUAUAAUGACCAGCAGGGGGCGACUAGUUAAAAAAAGUAGUCUGGUUAUAUAGAAGUCUAUGAUAAAUGACUUCACACUUGAUUUAUUACCUCAGUAAUGAGUUUCCAAAUCUAUACAUUUCAUAAGUGUACAUGAAACUGUUGUCAUAUCUUUAUGUCUCAACUCUAUUUUCUAUCUAUCAGCACUGCAAAAAGGGGUUUUCCUACACACACCUUUUUGUCUUAGGCAUUUUUCUGUAAAUCAAUCAAUGUCAAUCAAUCAAUGUUUAUUUAUAUAGCCCAAUAUCACAAAUGUUACAUUUGUC